GUGAAAGCGUCAGUCGCAGGUUCACCGACUGAUGAUGGACACAGUGAAUUGGAUUUUAAAUGUUUAUUAUUAUAGAGAUAUUUGUAUAAAUAGGCCAACUAUCGAUACUGGUCAUACACUAAGAAUAUUAACCCCCGAGUGGGUUUUGAAUAGUAUUAGCUUGCGUAAUUGUAUAGCAAGCUAUCAACCGGAUACAUAAUCUAGCUAGCCAUGGUUCUAAUGAUGGAAUCGCAAUGCGAGUAUUUUAUGUAUUUCCCUGCGGUUCCCAUCACGGACCUGUCGGACCCGUCAAAAUACCGAACUCUCCCCCGGCGCAAUCACCUCUACCUCGGCGAAACGGUACAGUUCUUGCUAGUCCUGCGGUCCAGAGAUGGAGCGUCAGGCUCGAGCGGGACAAAGGGAAGCGGGUCAGGUGACAGCGGUACCCGGGCUUGGAAGGAGCUGGUACGGUCCCUCUCCGCUGUAGCAAGUGUCUGCCCCGGAGAGAGCCGACAUCGAUCCCAACUUCACCCCCACGAGUUCCAGAGAAGCUACAGCGACGACUGUGGAGACGAGGAUCCAGACGACGUUGACUUUGAAGCGGGAACAGUCCACACAGCCAGAAGGGAGUCAAGGAACCGAGGUUUCAGAGAAUGCAAGCCGCUUCUCAUACACAAUAAUACGGGGCGUGAUGGACGGCAGUAUCGGCGCGCACCGGUUCAGUCACCGAUGGACGAGCCAGUGGUAUUGAACGAGGAGGUCAUAUUCCCUCUGACCGUCUCAUUGGACAAACUCCCCGUCAACACACUCAAGGUCAAGAUCAUAGUGACCGUGUGGAAGCAGGAGGAGGAAAAGGCAGAGAUCAGAGAACAUGGUUACCUCACCAUCCUACAGCUGAGGAGCCCCACACACACCUUCAGACAAGACCUUAAUACCUUCAAAGCCCAGGUCAGCACCACGUUGAGUGUUCUUCCUCCACCAACUGUGAAAUGUCAACAGAUGACUGUCUCCGGGAAGCACCUGACCAUCCUCAAAGUAUUAAACUCCAGUUCUCAGGAGGAGGUCUGUGUGAGGGACGUGAGAAUCAUUCCUAACUUCAACGUGUCCUACCUUCCCAUGAUGCCUGAUGGCUCUGUGCUUCUGGUGGACAAUGUCUGCCACCAAUCGGCAGAGGUUGGAAUGGCGUCGUUCCACAGGAUGAACAGUAGCUCCUCUCACCUUCCCAGCAUGCUCUCUGCCCUGGAGGAGCAGAACUUCCUGUUUCAGCUGCAGCUCAGGGACCAGCCAGAGGAAGAGAGCAACGAGGGUCUGGAGGUUCCUUUGGUAGCUGUGCUGCAGUGGUCCACCCCUAAACUUCCCUUUACCAGGUACAUCUCCACCCACUACCAGCUGCCCAGCGUGAGAAUGGACCAACCCCGGCUGGUUAUGACAGCUUCCUGUCCCAGUGCUGUGCAGCCUCAGGAGCACUUCCGGGUAAAAUACACCCUACUAAACAACCUGCAAGACUUCCUGGCUGUAAGACUGGUCUGGACGCCUGAAGGUCGUGGUCGUCAGGAGGACCCCACUGUCAGUUCUGUGGUAUGUCAUUCCCCCCUUAACAACCUGGGCCAGUGUCGGAAAGGAUCCACCCUCUCCUUUACUGUCGGCUUCCAAAUACUCAAGGCAGGACUCUUCGAGUUAAGCCAGCACAUGAAGCUGAAGCUUCAGUUCACAGCGUCCUGUUCCAACCCCCCUGCUGAGGCCAGGCCCAUGUCUCUGUCCCUGUCCAGGAAGAACUCUCCCUCCAGCCCUGCUGUUAGAGACCUGCUGGACAGACAGAGUCUGGGAAGAUCACAGUCCUUCUCUCACCAACAACCAUCACGGUCGCAUCUUAUGAGGACGGGCAGUGUGAUGGAGCGCAGGGCCAUCACCCCUCCAGUGGGAUCCCCAGUGGGUCGACCCCUCUACCUCCCCCCCGAUCGGCCGGUCCUCUCACUGGACAAGAUCGCCAAGAGAGAGUGUAAGGUACUGGUGCUGGAACCUGGAAGAGACUGAGAGACAAGGCGAGAGACAGGGAGAGGUGGAGGAAGAGAGGGGAGUGCUGGUGCUUGAGCCAGGUAGAAACAAUGAGACUGUGAAGAUGGGAGGGAGUGAAGGAAGGGAGGAAGAAGGGAGACAUAGGGAGAGAGAGAGAGAGAGAGAGAGAGAGACAUCUCUCAUGCUGAACAUUUCCUACAUCCUACAAGGCACGCAUGAACAAUGAUUUACCAGACAGACAGAUAGACUAUCUGACACACACUGAAUGAUAGACUGUACGUGAGCCACAUCAUUUGAAGACACUGGAGAAGUUACUUUCAACAACAUAAUUUCACAUUUUUAUCUCAACAACAUUUGAUGUUUUUAUAUCACUGUAAUGUUAGCGUUCCAUUUCAUUCCUUGUUUUAUUCCUUGUGUAAUGCUGUAAUUUAAUGUGUAAAUAAUUCUUAAGGUUUUAAACAGGGUGAAGACAGAACCAGACUAUUUGUAGAAGCAUUUUGAGAACUUUUUCACUGUAAAUUACUGUGUUUACCGUACAGGGUUAUGGUAAUAGCCAAUACCGUGUUAAUACAUAUUGUUAUACACUGGUAUACAUUUUACACAGUAUAUGUAAUGUAAAACCAUUCCAAUACUUGGAUGUUAGAAUCACUUUUUUAGUGAAAAACUGGAUUGUGUUAGUGAGAAACUGGAUUUUAAGAGUGAAAAACUGGAUUUUAAGAGUCAAAAACUGGAUUUUGUUUCUGAAAAACUGGAUUUUAUUAGUGAAAGACUGAAUUUUGUUACUGAAAAACUACAUUUUGUUAGUUUACACACUGUUAGAUACACUUAUCUAAUGUGAUGGAUGUCAAACUUGUGAUUAAAAAAAGCAGCAGGAGACCACAGGGAAAGGGUUGAGUUCCGUUGCAUUGUGGAAUAACUCUAGCCUGGUCUCAGAUCUGUGUGUGCUGUUUUCACAACUCCUAUGGUCAUUGUCACGAUAGGAAUUAGCAAGACAGCACAGACAGAUCUGGGACCAGGCUACAUCUGUUUCACCCGUGGAUAGUGUCAUCGAGUUCACUCUUAUUAGAAUGUGUUGUAUUUUAGUGGCUUGGAGCCACACAGUCUCGACACUGUAUUUAGUAGUUAAAUAAGUAGUCUACUAGAGAUGUUUUUAGUUUAUGCUAAAUAUAUUUAUUGUCUGAUUUGUAUAAUUUAGAUUUUCUUUCCAGCAUUUACUUCUGCUUAAAAGCCUUAAAAGUGCUUAUACUCCUUAGUACACUCCAGAGUACACAUAUUGUACAUAGAAGGACACACUCCAUAACACAAACUUCAUAGUCCACACUCCAUGAUAGGGAACAAAUAAUUUCCCUUUCCCUUGUUAUACUGCUGUUCGCCCUAUUCCCUAUAAAGUGCACUACUUAUGGACCCUGGUCAAAAGUAGUGGACUAGAUAGGGAAUAGGGUGCCAUUUGGGACACACAGCCUUACACUGUUGUUCACAGCUGUUAAAACUUUGAUUACACUGGUUGAUCCUGUUGAUUGUUGUUGUUAUGCCAUUCAUUCACACUUACCUUAUUAUUAGGGAUUUAGUCCUGGGUAACAAUCCAGAAUAGUGGAUUAUUUAGAAAUCGUAACGUCCGUCACUGUAGCUACAUUUUCAACUGUUUACAUUUGUGUUGAGAACAUUGAACAAUGGUGUGUGUGUGUGCAGGUGUGUGUGCAUGUGUAUGUGCGUGCAUGUGUGUAUGUUUGUGCCACUUUAAGCAUUUGUUGUAUGUUUUUUGUAUGUUUGUCUAAAAUAUUAUUUUAUUUCCUGGUUCAAUGUAAAUCAGAUUUUUUUGACUGUGUGUCAAAAGCCCCGUUUAUACCUGGUUCGAGGAUGCAUCCUUUGUCCUGAUCUUUUCCACAUUUUGAUUUUCCACAUUUGAUUUUUAGUCAGGUGUUGACAAUCAAAAGACACAUUGUGAUGUGAUUUUGAUCAGAUCAUACUGCCCACCUCCGGAGGUAGUCAGGCACGCAUUGUGUCUUUGGAUCUUACAAGUGUAGACGGAUCUGGACAGAGAAACCAUUUUAGUACAUUAUUCCACCCAUUAAAAUCAUUGACUGGUGGCACCAUUGACUGAUUACAUCAAUAUGUGUCUUACAAUACAUAAAUAAAUCUUAUUUUGAAAGAGUAGUGAAAUAAUUAGCAUAAAGGAAGGGAUCAGGAAAUCUGGUCACAAUGCAGACACAUUGGAUGGAUAACAGACAUGUUUUAAUACCAUGUGUAGACACAUUUUUGGAAAUGUGGGCACAUACAGAAUGUAGACAAGAUCAGGACAAAGGACCCAUGUUAACACCAGGUAUAAACCGGGCGUAUUAUGCCUUAUUUUCCCUGGACACAAUGUACUUGCAUGUGUAUUCUGUGUUUAAUUUAGACUUUUUUAUCUCUAUAUUUUUACGUGAAGACAAGAAACAGAAACAGACGUACCCAAGACUGUGUGUGCAGAGGAUGUGUGUUAUUUAGUUUCUUAUGUUUCAUUUUGUUUAGAUGUUUUAUUUCCUUAAGCCUGGAAUUUAACUGAAAAACAAAACCAUUCCAACUCAAUUUUCAUUGUUCCCGAACACUUGAUGAACAAAAGUUUGGUCACAAACAUUUCCAUUCCUUUCCUCUUGUGAUUUUAAAACAAUGUAUUAUAUUACUACUUGGACCAAAGUAGCUCACAAUAUGAUUGUUUAUGUAUAUUAGUGACUUCUUUUUAACAGUCAUUGUUGUUAAGCACUUGAAUUGAUUUGACUUGUAUUGUUCUUGGUUCUUUGGACACACAAACAACAAAUGCAGUUGAUUGUGUCACAGAUGUACUGUGGCAUGUUGUUUGCUAGCAGUCUCACUGGCCUUAGUUUAGGUCUUGCUUGUUUUUAGAUGCAUUGAAUGCAAACGUCUGUCAGGGAAAAGUGUUGGGGUAAAAAAAAAUGUUUUGGGUCACUCCUCGUUUGUUGCACUCUUGAAGUGUGAAUAAAUACAGUUGGAGCGAC